AUGUCUGACAGCGAGGACGACAGCAGGGCGGGGCUGUCCGACACGUCGGACGAGGCCGGGGCGAUCAGGGACGCCACCGACGACGAAGUCGACGACGACGAUGACGAUCUGGACGCGGAGCUCGAAGCGGAGCUGAACGCGGGCGACGACGACGAUGCCAUGAGCGCGAACGGCACCGCGUGCGCCCCGGACGACGCGCAGGAGCGGCAGAUCCUCCAGGCCCGGCGCAUGGCACCGGCGGACGCAGCUGCGCCGUCCGCGGCGUCGCCUCCCGCGGCGAGCGGCUGCGAGCACCCAGAGCGGCUGUACGGCACAUGCGUGGUGUGCGGCGCGGAGGUGCCGGAGACGGGCGCGGGCGACGAGCUGAUCGCGCUGCGCGACACGGACAACGCCGGGCCCGUCAUUCACGUCACGGCGCCGCGGGCGAAGCGCCUGCGCUUGGCGAAUGUGCAAACGGCGCUGCAGGAACGGCGCCUGAUGCUCGUGCUGGACCUGGACCACACGCUGCUCAACUCCCAGGAGGACGGCGAGCACCUGGAGAGCGACCUGCGCCGCGCGCUGAACAAGGAGCUGCACCGAUGCGACGCCCAGGGCAUCCCGAUGCACGAACGCGAGCUCUUCUUCUUCCCGCACCCCGUCCCGGGAGGCCAGGGCAUGUUCACGAAGCUGCGGCCAGGCGUCCGGGAGUUCUUGAAGGAGGCGUUCAAGCAGUACGACCUCUCGAUCAACACGCUGGGUAUGAGUGCCUACGCAGCGCGCAUGGCCAGCCUGCUCGAUUUCUCCGGGAAGAUGUUCCGGUCCAUCUUGUCGCGCGAGGACGCGGACGUCGAGGGCGAUGCGGGCAGGGAACCGACGUACACGAAGGCGCUGCGGCUCAACCUGCACGCGGACGAAGCCACCACGCUCAUCCUGGACGACUCCGUGCGCGUGUGGCCCGGGUUCCAGGCCAACGUGCUGCAGGUACCGCAGUAUCAUUUUUUUCCGGCGUCGAGCAAGGCGCUGGGGCAGUGCGGAACCACGAGCUUGCUCGCGCAGGGCACUGAUGAGGAGAGCUGGGGAGGUGGUGCUGCGGGCGAGCAGGCGCGCGCGGGGGGCGACGAGGACGACGAGGACGAGUGGGAGCGCGACGACGCCGCGCCGGGCGACGCCGAGGGCGCGAGGGCACGGCGGGAGAAGAAGCGGGGCGGAGGGCCCGCGGGGCGCAGUGCCCUCUGCCGGGAGGGCGCGCACAAGGUGCCGAGCGUCCUGCGGCCGACGCUGGAGCUGCUGUCCGCGCUCCACAAGGCGUACUUCGAGGCGCUCGAGGAGAGGCCGGGGGAGGCGCCGGACCUGCGGCAGCUGCUGCGAGACAAAAGAAAGGGGACGCUGGCGGGACACAAAGUCUGCUUUUCGCGGCUGUGGGAGACGGGCUCGGACAGCACGAGACAGGGCCCGUGGAUGCUGGCGAGGGAUCUGGGGGCGCAGUGCACGGUGGAGAUGUCGGAGGACGUGACGGUGCUGGUCGCCGGGGCCGACAACACGGACAAGGUGAAGACCGCGAUGCGGCGCGCGGUGUCUGUCGUGUCGGUGGACUGGCUGUUCGCGAGCGGGCUCCAGCUCUCCCCAGCGGACCCGUUCCGCUACCCGCCGCCCAAGCUGGCAGAGAUCCAACCGCAGCGACGGUAUCUGGGGGGCGCAGCGUGA